AUUACCCUUACACCGGUUCUAACGCCAGCUCAGAUCAAUAUUGUGUGGAGGGUGGACACUUACUCAGUUAUAUCCACGACUGUAUACAAUGGCAGACACGACACCGUCUCUGUUUGAGAAGAAGAGCUUUGUAGUUAUAGCAGGGGCUAGUCGCGGGCUCGGCAAAAGUAUAUCUGCUAAACUAGUGGAGGCAUUUCCACGCUCGUCAUUCUUUCUCUUUCUAGCACGUAAGAAAGCUACACUAGAAGCCGUUGCAUCUGAACUGAUGACGUCAUACCCUGGUGUGCAGAUUGGAAGCCGUACAUUCGACCAAGGUAACCUGGAUCAGAAUAUAUUCGAUACAUUAUUCGUAGAUGUUUUGAAGGACUAUGGGUUGAAAGUUGAUGAUUUUGAGCAGUCAGUCAUUGUCCAUAACUGCGCGAGCGUCGGAGAUGUGUCCAAAUAUGCUUGGGAAAUGACGGAAGUGACGCCAGUACAGAAAUUCUUUGAAAUCAAUGUAACUGGUAUGAUCCUACUUAACUCUGCCUUCUUCAAAACUUUUGGUCAAAUGAAGAGUCGGUUGAUCGUGAAUAUAACAUCGGACAACGCCAAAAUACCAUACCCAUCGAUGAGUGUCUACUGUGCUUCCAAGGCGGCACGCGACAUAUUUUUCCGUGUCCUUGUGGUUGAAGAUCCUUCCAUCCGGGUCUUGAGCUACUCACCCGGACCAUGUGACACUGAAUUGUUGGCCAGUGUUCGCGACUCGUGCUCGAGCCAGGAGUUAGCAGGCGAACUCAAGGGCUUUUACAGUGAGGGUAAAGUGCUGUCAUGUGACACUUCUGCUGAAAAAAUGCUUGCCUUCCUGAAGAAAAACACAUUCAAGAACGCCGAGUACGUUGAGUACUACGACCCAUUGUAAUAACCGUAGACAGAACUCUCAUGCGCACACGAUCCUUCUGACUGUCGAUUGUAGAGACUAAAACUCAGAAAACAAAAGGAAAUGAUUGUGAAUUAUUUUUAACCUGCAAUAGUUUAGAAACAUAGGUAGAAUUUACGAUCUAGAGGUGGAAAUUACAAUCAGAAUACAGAACAUUGUGCUUGUGUGAUCACAUGGAAUGUCAUCAUAAUCGGCGAAGAACAAGAGGAUAUUUUAUACCGAGAGACUUAGCAUAACUGUCAUGGUAAAGAUGCAGCAUUAAGUGUUAAGCUUUAAUAACAUUGAAAUAUUUACUCGGGUAAAUUAAAACAAUAAUUAUUUACAAUGUAUAAUGCAUGAUACUCCCUCUUUUUUCUUUUGAUUCAUAUAAUCUUCAUACUAUAGUUUAGCCAGAAAAUAAAAGUAAAAAGUCA